GCCGCCGUUCCGCCGGGGCGGUGUCGGCCGCGCUGGGCGCCGCCCGCCUGACGAGAUCGCGGCGCGACGGCGCCAUUUCCUGCCGGCGGGGCCGGGCAGGAGCCGAUGGCCUCGCAGGACGUCCUCAGCCAGACCACCCGGCUGGCCUCCUCCAGCGCCUUGCUGCAGGUGCUGUUCCGGGUGGUCACCUUCGGGCUGAACGCGUUCACUCUGCGCUACCUCUCCCGAGAGCUGAUCGGCGUGGUCAACGUCAGGCUAACUCUACUGUAUUCAACAGUCGUCUUCCUAGCCAGGGAGGCGUUUCGCAGAGCUUGUUUGAGUGGAAGUACAAAGCGAAACUGGACCAAAACAAUUAAUCUGUUGUGGCUGACAGUUCCUCUUGGUGUUUUUUGGUCUAUUUUCUUGGGCUUAGUCUGGCUACACUUGCUUGAAGUACCUGAUCCUUCUGUGGUUCCUCAUUAUCAGGCUGGUGUAGUGACAUUUGGUCUUUCUGCAAUUAUCGAGCUUCUGGGAGAGCCGCUCUGGGUUUUAGCCCAAGCUCAUUUGUUUGUGAGACUUAAGGUAAUUGCUGAAAGCCUUUCAGUGGUGUCAAAAUGCAUUUUGACAGUUAUUUUAGUAGUCCUUUAUCCUCAGUGGGGCCUCUACGUUUUUGCCUUGGCUCAGAUUUUAUAUGUCAGUGUUCUGGUUAUGUGUUAUGUAAUUUAUUUUGUCACGUUUCUGGGGUCUCCUGAAGCAACAAAGAAGUCAUUUCCAAUUGCUAGAAUAAAAGCUCUGUUACCUAAUAUGGUGGAAGAUGAGACCUUUGUUAACUGGAAGGAAGCACGGUUGACUUGGAGUUUCUUCAAACAAUCAUUCUUGAAACAGAUUUUGACAGAAGGUGAACGAUAUGUGAUGACUUUUCUGAAUGUGUUGAAUUUUGGAGAUCAGGGUGUAUAUGAUAUUGUGAAUAAUCUUGGUUCACUGGUGGCCAGGUUUAUCUUUUUGCCUAUUGAGGAGAGUUUUUAUGUCUUCUUUGCAAAAGUGUUGGAAAGAGGGAAGAAUGUAAAGGAUCAGAAGCAGGAUGAUGUAGCAAUGGCUGCAAAUGUAUUGGAGUUGCUGUUGAAACUUGUACUUCUCAUUGGUCUUACCAUCACAGUUUUUGGUUAUGCAUAUUCUCAGCUGGCUCUGGAUAUUUAUGGAGGCUCCAUGCUCAGUUCUGGAACAGGUCCAGAUCUCCUUCGAUGCUACUCUUUGUAUGUCCUGUUUCUUGCUGUCAAUGGAGUAACAGAAUGUUUUACAUUUGCUUUGAUGUGCAAAGAAGAGGUAGACAGGUACAAUUUUGUUAUGCUGGCCUUGUCUUUCACAUUUCUGUGCAUUUCUUAUUUCUUGACCCACUGGUAUGGCAGUAUAGGCUUUAUCCUUGCCAACUGCUUUAACAUGGGCAUUCGAAUAGCUCAUAGCAUCCACUAUAUCUAUGAUUACUUCAAAGAAAGCACUUACAGACCUUUGACAGGCUUGCUUCCCUCACCGUUCUUGGUACUCAUUUAUAUCCUGAGUGGAGUGAUCACUGGUUUCUCAGAGGUGUUGUUCUGCUGCGACAAGGGUUGGAUGGGCAGACUGAUUCACAUCAGCAUGGGCGCGCUGUGCUUUGCAGCAACCAUCGUUACUAUGUUCUGCACAGAGACCAAGCUGAUCCACUUUGUCAGAAGUCAGUUCCUCUCCCGGUAUAUGAAGAAAGGAACGUGAAUUGCUCAUAUGAAGAACAGUUCUUGUACAUGCUUGCAAUAAAAGGCAGUAUUUUUUACAUAAGAUAUGUAUGGAAAAAGGUUUCUACAUGUGUUUGUUGGAAGUAUUGGUAUGGGGAUGACAAUGUAAAAAGAUUACCAGCUGUUAUUUCAUCUUGUAACUGGUCAGUGCAGUGAAAGAGAGCUGAGUAAUGUUUUCUUUAUGCAUAAUUAUUAUCUAAGCUUUUCUACAAACAGCCUCUUUGGUAAUGAAUGAAGAUCUAAGAUAACACCCUUCUGACAUAACCUAGUUAGACUUCAUGUAGAGAGCUCCCAUUUUUACCAAUGGAGAGUACAUGUUGAAGACAUCAUAUGGUUUACAUCUUAACAUGUCAUUAAGAAUGCCUUAUUUGGUAUUGUGGGCUGCUUAACUGGUUGGAAAAUAAAAAACCCAUCAAAUAAAACAAAAGCUGAAGAAAACACUGGGCUAUGGACCAAUAGAAUGUAAUUGUUAUUGAAGAAGAACUUAAUGUGGGGCAGAGAGAUUGAGUUGUCAGUGUUUUGAAGUGUAAAAAUGGUGAGCAGAAAAUUAUGACGUUUACAAGUGAAGUAAUGGACUAUACAACCUGUAUCCAUGCUGGCUGUGAAAGGCUAUUUCAUUCAGUGUACUAUUCAUGUAUGAAUGCUAUUGAUUAACUUGUCAAAAACACUCUGAAGCAUUAGCUAAAAGAAGAAAAGCAGCUUGAGCAGUGUUUUACAGAAGAUGUUAAGUACAUUGGCACUGACACUGAACUUGCAGAAGGUUUAUCAUAAAACUACUUACUUUCCCUCCAUUGUCAUUUGGUUUUUUUUAUGAGAUUUUAAAAGCCAGCAUGAACAAAAAUGUUUUAAUAAAAGUUUUGUCUUGUCUGUGAAAUCAAAUGUUAAAUAUAUUUAAUAAGAUUUUUUUUGAGGAUUUAUCCAUGUUGGAACUUUCACUAUUGGAUAGAAGAAUGCUCCUUUUUGUUGGAAUUUCUUUCACAUCUUGUUCCUUAUUUUGUUUGAUCUUAACCUGUGUAUUGAUUUUUCUUUUUUUAAUUGUUGAAAAUCUGGACAUUCAGAAGCUGUAAAAUUAGAUGUUAGGCUGCUGGUUUAGGCUUACUAAUGGUGUGUUUUAUUGUUGGUCUAAGAUCUGAAUUUGGCAGUUUCAGAACAUACAAGUGGCAGAUCGUAAUGGCCAGUAUUCCCUUUGCAGCAUUUGGAUGGACCAAAAGGUGUCAAGUGAUGAAAAAAUAUUUGCUGAGACAUGUGCAAUUGAAAGCUUUUAGUUUAAUUCUGUAGCAGCUCUGCAGAUCUUGACAAUGCUUAUAAAACAUAUACUUCACUGUAAUGGCAUUGUGGAGUUCAUCCUGGUAACUGCAGUUCACAAUACGAAACGACUUCUGCUCUCACUGUCUUCAGUGUGGUACUGUUGGAAACAUUUUCCAAACUGACAGUUUUCACUUGGAGAGUAUCGCCAGAGAUAACUUUAUAUGAGAAUUUGGUGACUGAAAAGUGAUCACAGAGAAGUGGAAAAUAUAACAGUGGAAGAGAAGAGUGUGAUUGCUUGGCUAAUGGUGGUGUCUCCAUUGCUUGGCUGGAAGGUAGUACAUGAGACUUGAUGAUUCUUCUGAAGUUGUUAUGACAUCUGUAAAAAUAAAACAAACUCUACA